GGCGGCUGAGGCCGAGCGCGCCAUGGAGCACGUGACGGAGGGCUCCUGGGAGUCGCUGCCCAUGCGGCUGCACCCGCGGGUGCUGGGCGCGCUGCGGGAGCUGGGCUUCCCGUACAUGACGCCGGUGCAGUCUGCAACCAUCCCUCUGUUCAUGAAAAACAAAGAUGUCGCUGCAGAGGCGGUCACAGGUAGUGGCAAAACGCUCGCUUUUGUCAUCCCCAUCCUGGAAAUUCUUCUGAGAAGGGAAGAGAAGCUAAAAAAGAAUCAGGUCGGGGCGCUCGUCAUCACACCCACGCGGGAGCUGGCUAUUCAGAUAGAUGAAGUCCUGGCGCAUUUCACGAAGCACUUCCCGCAGUUCAGCCAGAUUCUCUGGAUCGGAGGCAGGAAUCCUGGAGAAGAUGUUGCAAGGUUUAAGGAACAAGGUGGGAACAUCAUUGUGGCCACUCCAGGCCGCCUGGAGGACAUGUUCCGGAGGAAGGCAGAAGGCUUGGAUCUGGCCAGCUGUGUGAGGUCCCUUGACGUCCUGGUGUUGGAUGAAGCGGACAGACUUCUGGACAUGGGGUUUGAGGCAAGCAUAAACACCAUCCUGGAGUUUUUGCCAAAGCAGAGGAGAACAGGCCUUUUCUCUGCCACUCAGACCCAGGAAGUGGAGAGCCUGGUGCGAGCAGGGCUACGGAACCCCGUCCGGAUUUCGGUGAAGGAGAAGGGCGUCGCGGCCAGCAGCACUCAGAAAACUCCUUCCCGUCUGGAGAACUACUACAUGGUAUGUAAGGCAGAUGAGAAAUUUAGCCAGUUGGUACAUUUUCUUCGAAAUCAUAAGCAGGAAAAACACCUGGUCUUCUUCAGCACCUGUGCCUGUGUGGAAUACUACGGAAAGGCUCUGGAGGCCCUGGUGAAGGGUGUGCAGAUCAUGUGCAUUCACGGGAAGAUGAAACACAAGCGCGAUAAGAUCUUCAUGGGGUUCCGCAGAUUGCAGAGUGGGAUUUUAGUGUGCACGGAUGUCAUGGCCCGAGGAAUAGACAUUCCUGAAGUAAACUGGGUUUUGCAGUACGACCCUCCCAGCAGCGCAAGUGCCUUUGUUCAUCGCUGUGGCCGUACAGCCCGCAUCGGCCACGGUGGCAGCGCGCUCGUGUUCCUCCUUCCUAUGGAAGAGUCCUACGUCAGUUUCCUUGAAAUUAACCAAAAAUGCCCCCUGCAGGAGAUGAAACUCCAGAAAAACACAGGAGACCUCCUUCCAAAGCUCAAGUCCAUGGCCUUGGCCGACAGAGCGAUGUUUGAAAAGGGCAUGAAAGCCUUUGUGUCCUAUGUCCAGGCUUAUGCGAAGCACGAAUGUAACCUCAUCUUCAGAAUAAAGGAUCUUGAUUUUGCUAGUCUUGCUCGAGGAUUUGCCCUGCUGAGGAUGCCCAAGAUGCCAGAACUCAGAGGAAGGCAGUUUCCAGAUUUCGUGCCUGCGGAUGUUAACACAGACACCAUUCCAUUUAAAGAUAAAGUUAGAGAGAAGCAGAGGCAGAAACUACUGGAGCAACAAAGGAAAGAGAAAAGAGAAAAUGAAGGGAGAAAAAAAUUCAUAAAAAAUAAAGCUUGGUCAAAGCAGAAGGCCAAAAAGGAGAAGAAGAAAAAAAUGAAUGAAAAAAGGAAGAGGGAAGAGGGUUCCGAUAUUGAAGACGAGGACAUGGAGGAACUUCUCAACGACACGAGGCUCUUGAAAAAGUUUAAGAAAGGCAAAAUUACUGAAGAAGAAUUUGAGAAGGGGUUGUUUUCGAGCGGCAAGAGAACAGUCCUGAGAGCAGAUACGGGGAUGCCUGAUUCGGAAGAGGACUGCUGACCCGGCCCCAGGGCAUACUCGAGCGCCGGGAGAACGGCAAGUGGGCCCCGCACAGCGCCCACGCACUUUCCCCGUGUGCUGGACCCACGGCUGGCAUCCAGGAAAGUCGUGUUCACACUGGGCACAGAGGGCGCGCUUCACACUCAUGACUGCUUUAUGGAAACCACAGCAGCCUUUAAGGCCAACCGAAGAGGGUAAAGACUGAGUGUAUAUAAUAGAUGUAUUUAUUUUGAUGGGUCCCCUCUAAAUUAAAGCUCAUUUUUUGUGCCUAUUUUAUACUUACUUUCUAACAUAAAGAUACUAAGGUAUACUUGAUUUUUGGCCUUUUAAGUUUCCUUACUAUUACCAACCACCUGACCUUUGUGGGUAUCCUUGCCCUGGACUUGAGUUCUCUCUCUGAGGAACUGCACAGAACACCCAUGUGGAGGGGCUGUUGUUGCCGGGGUUUUCUUCUCUUUGAAGAAUUGUCCCCACCACAGUUUUAGGGGAAGGAAGCAAGUCAUUCUAGGGAAAAAAAUUAUGCUUUGUGUUAAAUAAAAGAUUGCCUUCUA